UUUACAGAGCAUUAUGGGAUGUAAGAAACAGAAACAACAAAGAAAUCUUGUGCGAUAUCGAAAGAUUUGUUGAAGUAAAGAAUCGAUUGUUAAACUGAAAGAAGCCUAAAGUCCACAAGAUAAGAAGUGUUAUUAUAACAAGUGUGUGAUAAAGAGCCGUAUCAGUAAAAACAGGAAUGGAUCAUUCUCAUCAAGAUUUAGCAAAUUCUGAGGUACAUGAGAUCACAGAUAAGGGUGGUCCAUCUUCACAACAUGUCAGCAUGGGAACAGGUCAGAAAAAUACCAAACUUGACAAGAAAAAAGCAACAAUGAAAAGGAAGGCUACUUCACUCAAAGGUGAGAAGAGAAAAAAGAAGAAAAAGAUCCAACGAGUUCAGAGACCUAAUUACACUGUACAGCAUGGUGAGGAUAUGCUUCUGAUUAUAUCAAACAUUAGCCAGUUUGAUAGUGUUUGGAAACCUAAGCGAAAAGGUUGCAAGAGGAAAAAGGCCAAAAGAAAGACCACAUCAGUAAGGAGGAAAAAAGAACCUACAAAAUCCAGAGUCACUAAAGUCACUGAAGAGGUUUUAGGCAAUGAUGCUGAUUUUGAGGAAUCAGACACUGCACAGGGCCUUGACUGGGGUCAGAGAAUGCCAGUAGAAGUGUUAGUUAAGAUUUUUGAACUGGUAGUGCUUCAAGAUGGUGCUAUACCUUUUCUCUGCAGGGUUGGUCGAGUUUGUCGACUGUGGAAUCGCGCUGCUUCUUUACCCGCUCUUUGGUGCAGUGUGUCCAUUGGCUACUGCUGGAUUGAACCUGGUAAGAGUCAGUUACCUGGAACUGCACAGAAGAUUAAGAACACUGUAGACUGGCUAACACAGAACAGGUUCUCACAACUGAGGAACUUCAAGCUCUGUCACUGGAAAAAGCAUGUUGAUUAUGUUGUUCAGGCGAUAUCAAAUGCCUGCUCAAAUCUCCAAUCCCUAGAGUUGUCAUACUGCAUGGGUGUGACAAAAGAGGCCUUUCAAAAUCUUGGAGGUGCUUUUCAGUCUCUUGAGAGCAUAAAUGUGCAACACACAGAGUUUCAGGAUGAUGGUCUGCUGUCUUUUCUCGAGGCAUCUGGGAGUCAACUAAGAAAGAUUUCCUUUACACGCAGCUCAAAAAGUGACAAACUUCUCAGUGCUUUGUGUAGAGGUUGCUGUCCCGAUCUCAGGUUUUUGGAGAUCAAUACUAAGUUAGACUGUGGAUAUUGCCCCCUUCCCAUCUGUGUACAAGCUUUACAAUUUGGCUGUCCCAAGCUACAGACUUUUAGGUUGAUGAAUAUUAACCCUGUUCCCAAAAUGAUACGCAAUACACCCAGUUCCACACUUGGCUUCCCCAUGCUGGAGGAGCUGUGUAUAGCCUCUUCAUCUCAUUCGUUUAUGAAUGACCAGGACCUGCUCAAUAUUCUGCAUGGCUCCCCCAACCUGCGGGUACUGGACCUGCGGGGAUGUUCUCGCAUCACAGCUGCUGGGCUAUAUGCUCUGCCUUGUGAAGGUAAAUGUUUGCAUUAUAAAUGUUAACAAAAAAAGCACUGACAAUUGUAUUUGUAAUUUUUAUUCAUGGCUAUUCCUACACUAGGUGUCAGUAUGCACUUAAAACAGGAGCCGGCAGUAAAGGUGGAGAGCAUUAGCAAGGAGAUCCACUAUUGCAUUUUCUCCUCAGUGCAGAUACAUCUGACAAUAUUUUUUCCUCCAUAACAGUUCAA